AUGUAUGUAGGUGGGUGUCAAAAUGACGGAUCAUGCGAUCCGACGACUGGUGCCUGUGCCUGUGUGGGCCAAUGGGGUGGAACAACAUGCACUACGUGUGGUUGUCAAAAUGGCGGAUCAUGCGAUCCGACCACUGGAGCCUGUGUCUGUGUGGGCCAAUGGGGUGGAACAACAUGCACUACGUGUGGCUGUCAAAAUGGCGGAUCAUGCGAUCCGACGACUGGUGCCUGUGCCUGUGUGGGCCAAUGGAGUGGAACGACAUGCACUACGUGUGGUUGUCAAAAUGGUGGAAGCUGCAAUCCGACGACUGGUGCCUGUGCUUGUGUGGGCCAAUGGAGUGGAACGACAUGCACUACGUGGAGCCAGUUAAAAAGUAACAGUGCUCCUUAUAGGAGUUUUAAGUGGUAUCAGCGAAGUCGAAUUUAA